AUUGGAUAUCCCGUCGUUCUAUCGUUUUACGCGCGUUUCAGUUUCGGUUACGGUGAGGAUGCAGCUAACAAGAUAUGUUAAGAUUUGUGAAACCGAGGAUGACCAACCAAUCGAAGUGCCUCUGGAAGAUGAUGACACUCUUUUACUAUCAACAUUAACCGCUCAGUUCCCAGACUGCACGGGACUUAAGUACAGGUCUGGCGACUCAGGAUGCUAUCGUGGUGUUCGUCUUUUGGAUGACCGUUUAUUUCCUCCCGCUGAUGGACAAUGGCAUGAAAACACUUUUUGUUGUGUCUUUCCAAAAUGCUCCUUAUGAUCAAAGAUAUUAAGAACGCUCUCAUACAUCGUGUGGUUUUUGAUUAUUACAACACUAAGUAAGGCAAUCCGUCUAACGGUUGUUCUCCAAGAGCUACUGGCCGGGAGAUACCGUGAAUGCUCCCUAUUGUCGUCGAAUUCCGUGUAGAAACCUCUAUUCGACAUCCUAGAUGGUAAGUCGUGGUCCUGUUUGCUGUGUAUCUCCGCUGACAUUUGGUUGAAAAUGUGUUGAAGUCCAUUCCUUUAGCGUCUUACGAGUGGUCUGGAUUUCGUGGACACUUCCAGCCGACAUUGUUGUUAAGAUACUGUGAAAGAGGAUUGUCAACCGUUUACACAGUUUCUUGUACUCUGAAACCCGGGAGUAUCCAUCAGAACCACACAUCCUCACGUCUUUAUCUAAAAAUUAUUAAAAACCGAAUAUGUCGAAAACUUCAAAAUAUUCCGUUUAACUCAGCUUAUCGUGAUGGGCUUGCCAAACUCGACUCAUCGUUCAUUUAAAUAUCUUGGAUGUUUCAUAUAAAGCACUAGCCUUCUAACGUAGUGCGUGUCAGGUACUACUGUACUGCGUUUCCGUUUUCUUUCAAAUCUAACGGCGAAAACCUCUAAUAUUUAUUCAUUAACGUACGUCUGUUAUUCCUGGAAAAAUUUUAGAAUAAAGAUUCUUACAAAUAAAUCAUUAAAUAAUUGAAGUACUGCUUUAGUCUUUUAAGUAAUUUGUAUUGGUCUCAUGCUACAGUGAAGCUGCUAGAGUAAUAUGAAACUGCUAUACACCACGUUUGUUCGACAGUUUUGUCAUCAGUUAAAGCGUUACCCUGGAUACCGAUUAGUCCAUAUACUGUUAUGGGAGGUCCAAGUGAAAAUAUAAGUAGUGAUUAUACUAACUGGUAGUUGGCAGGGUUGAUUUUAUUCAUUAAAAACAGUGCGGUAAAUUUCAGAUGCUCUUAAAUAAUUGUUUAAAGUCUGAACUUAUGGAGGUGUUAGAUAACCACGAUAUAAUUCUGUUAUUCAUUUGUUCGUAAUGUUCAUUAAUGUCCUAAAUGGUCUAAAAUAAUUUCAUUGCAGAAAUAGAUAUCGCUAACGUUUCUUUAUUUGGUAUCUUUUGUGCCUUCAACACAAGUGAUCUGGCCUUUUCGACUAAAUGUGUAAAGCAAACUUCGGGACUGGUCAUUUGAUUAUCAAUAUGUGCAUAUAAUAAUGGUACGAGAGCCUUAAGACCAACGUGGGGACUUCAAUCGGCAUAAAUAAGAAAACCUAUUUAUGUUAAAUUAUUUUGUUUCUAGAGGUGCAAUAACAUUGUACGUGAUUCCCAAUGCUUUUUUUCAAGGUUCUAAGAGAAAAGCAGAUGAAGAUUCGUUAGAUUCCAAAAUGAAGCAAAAACGUUUUGAUAAAAAAACAUGUACGGACUUGAUAGUGUUAAACUUGCCUUGGCGGGCCGAUGAAGAGACUUUACGUGACUACUUUAGCCAGUAUGGUGACCUUGUGAUGAUCCAGAUCAAGCGAGACCCCGUAACCCAACAAAGCAAAGGAUAUGGGUUUAUCCGCUUCGCUGAUUAUACAGCACAAGUUAUGUGUUUAGCUGAACGACAUACCAUUGAAAAUCGACAGUGCGAUGUUCGCAUUCCUAUAUCAAAGAUGGAGGGUGACCGUCAAGAAGUUUCCCGAAAAGUUCACAUUGGAAGAUUAACAGAAGAUAUUAGUCCCGAAACUCUGCGCCAGCAUUUCUCCCAAUAUGGAAGAGUAUCUGAUGUCUUCAUACCCAAACCCUUUCGAUCGUUCGCCUUCAUUACGUUCGAUGAUCCUGAGGUUGCAGCUUCUUUGUUAGGCAAGGACCAAGAGAUUCAAGGUAUUCGUAUAAGCGUUGGUUCUGCAGUCCCCAAACUCCCUCCUUCCGCCCGUCAAAGUAACACUAAUAAUCAACGAAUUCCAGUUACCUCGAUGCAAGCUGCUCUUCAGUCAACAAUGAUGGGAACUCAACAAUGGGGUGCUUGGCCACCAGCUUAUGGAGGUAUGGUUCAAAAUAACCGAUAUGGAGGUCAACAUUCUUCCGGUAAAGGUGGAAGUCGAAACGGAUCAAUGGGGGGAAUGAAUCCAGCAGCUGCAGCAGCAGCUGCUGUUUUAGCAGCAGAAUAUACUCGUGUCCAUCAUACUCGAAGCUCAGGUACCCCAGCAAAUGGGCAACCAGAAUACAAUGGAGUAUCUGUGGAUUCUUCAAAUUCUGCUGCACUUGCUACGAUGAAUAUCUUAAGUAAUCCGAAUGUAGUAGCCGCCAUUGUUAGCGCUGCCACUGGAGCUGGCAAUACUUCUAUGCUUGGCAAUUCUGGUGCACUUUAACACGAUGAAUGGAUUCAAAGUAUUCAAUACUCAACUCCUGCAUUUCUUACUUCCUCCUUAAUUUUGGCUCCAUUGAGUCUUUGCUUUGUAUCACUUGCCUGAACUAAAUGGGUUAUGUCAAUUUGUUGGUAAAAGAAUUGGUUUUUCAUUAUUCAAGCAACUGUGUAUUUGUUUGGGUCAGUGUGUUGUAAAUCAGUGAUUCCUCAAGGGUAGAUGUACUUCUAUUGUACGACUGUUAGUAGUGAGUCAAAAGCUUGCGUGUUUCUUUGCAUAUUGGUGUCAAUCGUGCGAUGUUAUUCGUGUACUCUGUAUGAAAGUUAUGGUACAUAAUGUUGAGAUAUGAGUGAUCAGACUGUUUGACAUGUGAAUUCUGGUGCUGCCACGUUUCAGAAAGCUGUGCUGUGUAAUGAAAGCAUCAAAAAAUAUGUUGGUACAUUUUGGUGUUUCUAAAACAGGCUAUCAGAGCUCACUCAAUAAGACGGAGGUAAUCCUGAAAACUUCCUGUGUAGGUAAUAGUAUUUUUGUAAAUACUGUCUAAGAGUAAUAUCUCUAACUUCCAACGAUAAUCAUUAAGGGUAACAAAUAGUGGGUUGCCAUAAAUCAAAAAGUUAUGGAGUAGAUACUUAGUGAUUAAAGAAGUAAGUUACGGUUACUGAUAAUGACUGCUAACUUUGUCAUUGAACUGGCUGGAUUGCCUGGUCCCUUUUUAUGGUUGAUUAGUUGACGAAUGCAUUGAUUCAAGUCCUUACACUUUCGUUCGUCUGUUUAAAUUUUGGUUUUGUUCUGUUUGCUGCGUAUAUGAUUUGCAGAUAUAUUUGUGAAGUUGUUUCUGCUGCUUAGAUAGUUAAUGAAUGACUGUUUAUAACUCAAAUCCUAUAAGUCACUUUAGUUGACUACUUAAAUCUUGAUAAUUUGACACAGAAGUUCGUAUGGCUCCUGAUGCCCAGUGGCUGGUCGGAUGUUGAUUUAUCUAGCGUUUAGUAAACACUUUAUAUUUAUAUCAAAAUCUUCCGAUUCGUUCAUUCUGUGAACAAUCUAUACAUCAUAUUUCACUUACAUUUCUAUACUUAACAAAGUUGAUACUUCUAAUUACGUGAUUAUUUUCAAUUGUGCUUCCUUUCAAGCUUGGUUAACCAUAGUCAACUUUAAAAUUCAAAAUUUGACUUACUAUAAAUGCUCCUAAAAUUUGUUUUCCUCUUGUAAAUGGUCAGUUGUUACACACAUAUUUCGCUCAGUAUAUUGUUCUUGGAAACUUAGUAACUUGUGACAGUGGACAUAAAUUUCUACAUAAUGUUGUUCAGGUAUCGUAGUAAUUGUAGUACUUUCUUACCUGUUUUUAUACAAAUGUGCAAUAACCCCGGACUUUCUUCAACUGGUUAUUUCUUUUUAUGAUCUGUGAGUCAUUUAGACCAUUCAAUAUUGUUUCACAUAUCUGUUCCACCAACUAUUAACAUACAAACCUAAUAUAUGAUAAUUGGGCAAUAGACGAAUUUCUUCGCCGAUAAAUGCAAAUUUCGAGUCAGUCGCUUGAGAUCGAACAAAAUUAGUGGCUGUAUGUAUAGAGGUGCUAAGUUAGGCAAGUAGCAUAGUGUUUUAAUCAAAGUUCAUUAUUUGAGCGGUCAUUCGUUUUGUCACUUCUUUUCUAGUGUGUAAUCAAGAGUCCUCAUUUCUCCGAUAUGUAAGGCUGUUUGUGUUUCCGUAACAACAUGCUUGUUCAUAAAUAUAAACUCAUUGUGCUCCCAU